GAAAAUGCCCCUCGUGUGUGUUAUUCUUCAUGAAUUAAUUACGUUGGAGUUGGAGGAGAAAGUGACAAUACUCUCACCGAACGGUACGGGAAACAACACGUAUCCGACCAAUGUGAAGAUUUCUUGGCUUGUAUCCGGACCAGCGGAUACCCGGAUUGUCGCAACCUUCCGAACCUUCCGAAUUGAACCAAACUUCGAUUUCUUAACAAUUGGUAUUGGUCUUGACGCCGGGGACCCCAAAACACUAUUAAGAGCUUUGUCUGGGCGAUCUCUUCCUGAUGACGUCAUUUCAUUGACCAAUCAGAUGUGGCUUCACUUCGUCUCAGAUUCCAGCAUCACAGACCAAGGGUUCAAGAUUGAUAUAUGGGUGAAAAAUAUUUCAGAUUCUUUGCAGAUGCCGCUGGCAUUCAUCGAAGGACAUUCAAAUGAGGAGGAUGUCUAUUGCCAGCCCGCCAUCUGCCCAGAAACAUCUCAAGAAAGUCGAAAUGUGUCUCUGUGUAAACGCGUUACCCAGGAUUGUCCGCUUAACUUGAACCCAUUCCUAGAAGCAAACUGCAGUAACUCACAUCUCGAUAAUACUCAUUUGAUGUGCUUGGGCACUAAUGGGGAAAGCGCUAAAGAUACAUCAUGGUUCAAACGAAUUGAGUACCUACGUUUAUUCAUGUACCAGGUCAACAUUAUCCACGGAGGGGCCUUUUCUGCUUUAUCCAACCUGACAUUUUUGGAUAUAUCAAACAAUAAUAUUACUACUCUAAGGGAAAAUGCCUUCUCGGGAUUGACCAAGCUGUAUAAGUUAAAUAUUAUCAAUAAUUUAAUCAGGAACAUUUAGAGAGGCGCCUUCGCUGGACUGUCAUCGUUACAUGAACUUGAGUUGCAGACUAACUUUAUUACAGACAUCAAUCGUGAGAACCUAGCGGGGCUUGGCAAUCUGACUUGGCUGUACCUUCAGAACAACCACCUCGCAAACAUCAACGAAAGGGCCUUUUCGGAGUUGACCGAGUUGCGAGUUUUGUAUUUGUCAAACAAUUCCAUCCGGAGCAUAAGGGAUAGUGCAUUUUCUGAACUCCAUCAGCUCCUUUAUUUGGACAUAAGCUACAAUCAGAUUGCAAGGAUAUAUCAUCAUUCAUUCCAUGGUCUUGCCAAUCUUAAAUAUCUUCUUCUUUUAGGUAGUGUCCCCGAUGAGCUUCAUAAAAAUGCAUUCGAUGUCUUGACAUCCCUGGUUGUUGUAAUUACUUCAGACAAUCGAAUUUGCUGCAUCUUCAAGAAAAACAUCAACACGACAUGCAGCAGCAAUACUCCAUCACACCCUCUGGACAAAGGCUGCGAAGCUCUGUUUCCCAAUCAUGCACUCCGAGUAGCCGGCUGGAUCCUCGGACUGUCGGCUCUCAUCGGAAACGCCGCAGUAGUCCUGACCCGCGUUCAGGGGAAGACAAUGCGAACCUCUCCGGUUCAGAAUAGUUUGCUGAUCAGCCUCGCGACUGCGGAUGGGCUCAUGGGGAUGUACAUGCUUAUCAUUACGUCAGCAGAUACAUUCUAUGGACGUAGCUUCUUCUUAAGCGCAUCCCGCUGGCGGAAAUCUGGUCUCUGCAAUCUGGCGGGAUUCCUCGGUUUCGUGUCAUGUGAAGCUUCUGUCUUCACCCUAUGCCUCAUCACCGCGGACCGACUGAUGAAUAUAACGAACCCCAUCAGGGCGUAUAAGAUAAAGACCAGAGCCUGUCAUCAGGUGAUCAUCGUCGUUUGGUUCUGCACGAUCCUGACCGGAAUCACCAUUUCAAUAUUGCAGUCUGCAGUGAAGGGAUUCUACGGAUUAUCAAACGUUUGUCUUGGGUUGCCGCUGCACACCGAACCAGGAAAAGUGACUGUUUUCUCUGAACCUGUAGAGGACGCAUCUGGAGCUAUCAAAGAUAUCAACACCAAUUUUCAUCCCGAACCAGACCAACCAGUUUGGUGGUUUUCAAUCUUAACAUUCAUUUUUCUUAAUCUACUCGCAUUCAUCUUCAUAACUGUCAGCUACGUCGUUAUGUUUAUUAACAUAAAGCGCAGUUCCCGCGCAACUCGAAACACCGCGCCCAGUCAACGAGAACUGCAAAUAGCGCGACGGAUGGCGGUUAUCAUAGCCACGGAUUUUUGUUGUUGGAUGCCGGUUAUUAUGAUGGGUAUCCAAACACAAACCGGUGCUAUCCGCCUCCAGCCGUCGGUCUAUGCCUGGACUGUCAUCUUUAUUAUACCUAUCAACUCCAGCCUUAACCCUUUUAUUUAUACAUAUAUGUUUUACUUCGAUGGUAAACCCAGUCACUAUUUCGGAUCAUCGGGUUCAUACAAUCCUGGCGCCCUCAGCGUCCGGAAUGACAGGAUUGAAAUAGGACGGAGACGAGGGAGGAUGAGGGAACUUGAUAGAUUAAAAUAGUCCACAAUGCGUUAGCAGUGGACACCCACAGCACAAUAGUUACAAAUUCGGUUUAUUGUUAUUAUUAUUAUUAUUAUUGUUGUUAUUAUCAUUAUCAUUGUUGUUGUUAUUCAUGUUGUGGCUUCAAUGGAACUAAAGAGGUGUUGGGUGGAACACCAAUCCUUAGGAUAUGAUCUGACCUUGUAUUAACAGUUAUUAUGGCAACCUGGCUUUUUUCAGUCUGGGUAACCUUUCCUUAGAACACUCUCCCUUGAAACAGUCUAGAUACAUCCGACACUAGCAUCUUUAUAAUUUAGUAAUUUAUCAUUUAUCGGUAAUUGUGUUAUUUUCGUUUUGAUUUUGUAUAAAGAACGCUUUGACAUUUUGGUCUUAAGUGCUGCAUGUAUCUAUAUAUGAAUACAAUAGUGUGACAUAGAGUUAUAUUGACUUUGUAUCUCUAUAAUACGAUGCAGUUAACUCCUACAAAAUAUGGUGACUGUUGUUUUUCUUCAAUUGCCCCUUGUCUUUUGAAUAACCUAGAUUUUAGCAUUCAUAAUGCCAAGUGUGUUAGUUCAAGAGCCUACUCAAAACUUAUCUGUCUAAUAGAUGAUUUACAGUUGUGGGUCGGUCGGUCGAUCGGAGGUGCACACCAGUUUUGACAAUUGAUAUUAGUCGUGUUAUAUUUGUUUUUCCUUUUCUUUCUUUUUCUCCCAAGUAUAAACCAUAAAAAGAACACAGUUCUCUCAGAAACGCCCGAAGUAAGCUCUUAUAAAUGUUAUGUAUUAUUAUUGUUUUCAUUAAUUAAGAAAAAUGAGUAACAUUAAGGUCGUCUUUUCUUUCUCCCUUAUGAACAUAUCUUUUUGCCGAACCUGCAUUCACAACCUAUUUUUGUGAGAAAUUUUGGCAUUCUAAACCAUUGUUUUAACAU